CCGACUAAAAUGUCUCACCGAGCCAACAUCAGAAUUCAGAGGAGAGGCUUCAGUAACUCAUCUGCCAUCCUACCUAACUUGUGUCGCCCCAACUGGAGCUCACAAAGCGUGGGCAGAUGUGGAAGCUGUGGCACUGGCGGUGCUGGCUGGGGCCGGGCUGGUGGGGCUGGUUUUGGCAGCCAAAGCCUUUACAAUCUUGGUGGGCCCAGGAGAAUUGCAGUUGGAGGCAGUUAUGGCAGUGGCUUCGGUGGAGGCUAUGGGUACGGUGGUGGAGUUUCUAAUGGCUAUGCUGUUGGUGGUGGUAUUGGUGGAGGCUAUGGGCUAGGCAGGGCUGGUUUUGGUGGAGGGAGAGGGGACUCUUGCUUCCCAGUUUGCCCACCAGGCGGAAUCCAAAAAGUAACUGUCAAUCCCAACCUGUUGGCGCCUCUCAAACUGGAGAUUGACCCCACCAUAGAGAAGGUUCGCAAAGAAGAAGGAGAGCAGAUCAAGAUACUCAACAACAAGUUUGCCUCCUUCAUAGAUAAGGUGCGUUUCCUUGAGCAAGAGAAUAAAGUGCUGGAAACAAAUGGACUAUUCCUAUCACACCUGCAGGAACUGGCAGAGCUCCAGAGGACGAUCUCUGAAACUUCUGUGGUUUUGUCCAUGGACAACAAUCGCUACCUGGACCUCGACAGCAUCAUUGCUGAAGUCAAAGCCCAGUAUGAAGACAUUGCAAAGAAAAGCAGGGCAGAGGCUGAAGCUUUGUACCAAAGCCAGUAUGAAGAACUCCAGAGUACUGCUGGAAGGCACAGUGAUGAUCUUCGUAAUGCCAAGCAUGAGAUUUCAGAACUUAACCGACAUGUCCAGAGGCUGAAGGCUGAAAUUGAAGGUGUGAAAAAGCAGUGUGCUAACCUAAAGGGAAAGAUUGCUGAAGCAGAAGACCGAGGUGAACUGGCACUCAAAGACGCAAAGCAGAAAUUGGCUGAACUGGAGGAUGCCCUUCAGAAAACCAAGCAAGAGAUGGCCAGGCAACUCAAGGAAUACCAAGAGCUAAUGAAUGUGAAGCUCUCCCUGGAUAUUGAGAUUGCAACCUACAGAAAGCUCCUGGAAGGAGAAGAAUAUCGAUUCCUGAAAAAUGAUGCAGCAGGUGCGGUGAAUGUCUCUGUUAUCUCUUCACGUAUUUCACGAGGUUCGGCUGCUGGUAGUGGUCUUGGCUACAGAAGUGGCCUUAGCCAGGGUGGAGGUAGUUUCUUUAUAGUAGGAGGUGGCGGUGGCAGCAACAUCGAAAGUGCGAACCAUGGAGAUGGCAGCAGCAACAACGACAGUGCGAACCAUGGAGAUGGCAGCAACGUCGAAAGUGUAGACCAUGGAGAUGGCAGCAGCAACGUCGAAAGCAUGGAGCAUGGAGAUGGCAGCUCCUCUAGCAUGAAUUUAGCCUCUUCUCCUCCAACAAGUCCUAUAAGCUAA